AUUGAGAUCGCGAUUCCCAAAAGCAAAAGGCGGCGGAAAAAGUUCCUUGUCCCGGCCUGCCGCUAGUCCUCUUUGAGCAAUGCUGCUUCACCGCCUCAGACGGACUCUCCCGGCAAAACUUUUGUCUUUCUUUAUCAGCUUCAACUUUCGCGAUUUUAUUCUCGGGGCUUUGUCUCGCUUCCCAACAGGAACUGUGUGUUUCUUUGUUUGUUCAUCACUUCGAAUGGGCCUUUGUCUGUGUUGCUCCAAGAUUCAAUCGUCGUCGGGGCUAUGGGACAGAAAAGAAAAGCCUCUGAAGGCUUCCCAACACUGAAAAAGGUCCUGAAGCAAACGGCGCUGGAUGAUACUGAUCCUAUCUAUGAGGAGGCCAAUUCCGAUGACGAUUAUGCUUCUUCUAACGAGAGUAUUGUCACCGGCGACAGUCUACACGAUACCCCGGCCACUCCCUUCUCGACAACCUCAACCAAGUAUCCCUCCGAACUGAAGACUCACCGCUGCCCCUUCGACGGCUGCUCGAAGGCAUUCAAUCGUCCGGCUCGACUUCAAGAGCACCUGCGCUCCCACAAUAACGAACGGUUAUUCAACUGCACCCAUGAAGAUUGCGACAAGACCUUUCUGCGAGCCUCUCAUCUGAACCACCAUAUCAAGAGCGCCCAUACCGGAGUUCGAGAUUAUGUCUGCGAUCGUCCGGGCUGCGAAAAGAGCUUCGUGACUGGCUCCCGUCUUCGUCGACAUUUGGCGGCUCACGAUGGACGAGACAAGUAUCGUUGCACGGAACACCCACCGUGCAAUGAAACGUUCCGGAAACACUCGACGCUCCAAAAACAUAUUAUGACGUGCCAUUUGAAGCAAAAGCCUUUUCAAUGCCCGCAUGUCGAUACGACGACCGGUCAGAAGUGUUCUAUGGCAUUCGACACCGCAGGUCAUCUUCGCGCCCACGAGAGUCGAGUCCACACCGACAAGCGAUUCACCUGUGCGGAGUGCUCCCAGCAGGGCUGCGCCGAAAGCACGGAUCUGAUGUCCGCCUCAACGACCGAUAAGCUGACGGUGUCCUUCCCCACGUAUGCGCUGUUGCAGGCGCAUAUCAAAUCCGUGCACCCUCCUCAGUGUCCCACUUGUUCCAUCACCUGCUCCACGUCUCGUGAACUGCGGCGCCAUCUCGAAGUCGCCCACGGCGAUGUGACUAUCGAAGACCGCAAGCUCUUCCCAUGUUCGAUCCCGGGCUGUGACCGCAGCUUCACCAAGAAGGGUAACCUUACUGUGCACAUCCGGACGGUCCACGAAGGCGAGCGGCGGUUCGUAUGCGGCGAGACUGACCUCUCGGCCUCCAAGAAGGUCCUCGGCUGGAAUGACGCUGACGGCUGCGGAAAACGCUACGGCAGCAAGCUCGCCCUCGAAGAGCACAUCCGCACCGCCCACCUUGGCUUCCAGAAUGCCAAAGCGGAGCGUCGACAACGUCUCGGCCUCGGUAGCAAGGGGCAGCAACACCAGAAUGCCUCGCAACCGGGGCUUUCCGCAUUAGCCGCUCUCACGGGCGAAGGCUACGCCGAAGAAUCAGGCCGCCACAUCACCUGUCUCGUCGAGUCUUGUCCCCAUCGCUUCCUCCGCAACUACGACCUGUGGAUACACAUGGGCAGUAAGCACGGUCUUCUCGAGGACGAAAUCCGAGAUUUGUUCAUGAAGCGCGCGCUCCUGACAGAUUCGACCACCUCCUUGGACGCCCAAAACAACAACGACCCUCUUCUGCUUCUCUCCGACAACAUGCCCGGGAUCUACGGUCUCGAGUUCGACCACGACGACCCUUCCUAUUCUUCCUAUGACCCAUACACCCUAGACGCGGCCUCCGCUCCCUCCCUGUCUGUCGAUCCCUACGCAGACCUCAACUCAGCCGACCUACCCGUCAAACCGGAACUCAGCUCUGAUUUAAUGAUGCAAGAUUUCAGUUCUAAGAUACCCAAUGCCGACGACCUGGCGAUGAUUGAUCCUUUGUUGGCGUACAAUUUGAUGGACAAUGCAUAAACACAUACACGCAAUACCCAAUACUUUCCCCUUUCUGAUCUUUUGAGUCAAAAGCUGUGAUGAUAAUGAUGAAUAAUUUCGGGAUUAAUAUUUGUUCUUUAGCACAUGCGAAUUUACAAUAAGCCUUGAGCGAGUUGCUGUUCUAUCUCUGAUUUACCUCUAGUUCUAUGCAUCUAAAUAGAAUGGUGAACUGUUCUAUACAACUGGAACAUGAGGACCCGUGGCAUCGACGCAUGAAAUGACCGCUUUUGUUGCCAGAAACGUAAAGUCUAAAGAGUACAGAUACAAUAUGACGGUUGCCCCUGCCUCCCUCCGCGGUUUUCCCAUGUCUUCGUGAAUAGAUCUCUUCCGCAGUUCUUGACUCUUUAUACAAAUUA